AUGAACGAUUUAAAGAGCACUCCAUUGGUUUUAUCGAGGAAGUCUAAAAGAACUAAAAAGGUUGGAAUCACCGGUAAAUAUGGUAUCAGAUACGGUUCUUCUUUGAGAAGACAAUGUAAGAAGCUUGAGGUUCAGCAGCACUCUAGAUACGACUGUUCUUUCUGCGGAAAGAAGGCCGUUAAGAGAGAGGCUACUGGUAUCUGGAAAUGCAAGGCUUGCAAUAAGACCAUCGCUGGUGGUGCUUACUCCGUCUCUACUGCUGCUGCUGCCACCAUCAGAUCUACCAUCAGACGUUUGAGAGAGUUGGUUGAGGCUUAA